AGCACACGUGAAAACAUGUUGGAGAAAUGUGUAUAAAGAUUUCAUGAGUGAAAUGCCACAACACACUUAAAGUAAAAGGAUACGUUAAGAGGAUAUAGUCUAUACUGUGAAAAUAAUCCAGAGCACUAAAAGUGCUCCCUUAUCCAAGGUAAAGAUGGAUGUGAAAGAUAAAAAGGAGCAGAAAAAACACCAGCACAAACACAGUGGCCCCAAAGCGCAGAAGAAGAAGAAUAAGAAGCAGGGUGGACAGGACACCGAAGAAGAUGCACGCAAAAGGAAUCCCAAGGCCUUUGCCGUGCAGUCAGCUGUGCGCAUGGCCAGGACCUUCCACAGGGCCCAGGACUUGAAAACUAAGAAACAUCACAUCCCGCUGGUUGACCGAACGCCUUUGGAGCCUCCUCCGAUUGUUGUGGUUGUGGUAGGACCCCCUAAGGUUGGCAAGAGUACACUUAUUCGCUGCCUCGUCAAGAACUACACGCGCCAGAAGCUUGGGGAAAUCACUGGGCCUGUCACUAUUGUAUCAGGAAAGAAGAGGCGACUGACUUUCAUUGAAUGUCCCAAUGACAUCAACGCUAUGAUUGACGUGGCAAAGGUGGCUGAUUUGGUACUGAUGCUGAUCGAUGCCAGCUUUGGCUUUGAGAUGGAGACCUUUGAGUUUCUCAACAUCUGCCAGGUUCAUGGCUUUCCACGCAUCAUGGGUGUCCUGACCCACCUCGACUCCAUCAAGAGUGCAGAGGUCCUGCGCAAGGCUAAGAAACGCCUCAAGCACAGGUUCUGGACAGAAGUGUAUCAGGGCGCCAAGCUGUUCUACCUGUCAGGCAUGGUGUAUGGAGAGUACCAGACUCGGGAGGUUAAGAACCUGGGCCGAUUUAUCUCCGUCAUAAAGUUCCGGCCCCUGGUGUGGCAAACCUCUCACCCCUAUGUGUUGGCUGACCGCUUGGAGGAUCUGACCAACCCAGAGGACGUCAGGCAGGAUCCCAAGUGUGACAGGACUGUCUGUCUCUAUGGUUACCUGCGUGGCACUUUCCUGAAGAACAAGGGCCAGGUCCACAUUCCCGGUGUGGGAGACUUUGGGGUGGAUGACGUGAGCUUCCUGCCCGACCCCUGCCCGCUGCCGGAAGCGCUGAAGAAGCGGGCGCUGAACGAGAAGGAGCGGAUGAUCUACGCGCCCAUGGCUGGCGUGGGCGGGGUGGUAUACGACAAGGACGCCGUCUACAUUGACCUGCCAGGCGGUCAUGCCAGGCAACAGCAGGAGGAGGUGAGACCCACUACGGAGCUGGUGCAGUCGCUCAUUGGCACGCACGCCACUCUGGAUGCCAAGAUGGCCGCCAGCAAAGUGUCCCUCUUCACGGACACAGAGGCGCUUUCGCAGGAGGAAGUGGAAGCUAGCGGAGCCAAGCAGGGGCCUACUGAGAGCAGUGUCUGGGACCCAGAAACACAAAGACAAAGGAGGAAGGCAGUCUUCUCAGACAAAGAAGAUGACGAUGAUGAAGAUGAUGACGAUGAAGAGGAUGAUGAUGAGGAGGAGGAGGAUGAUGAGGAGGAGGAUGAAGAAGAAGAAGAAGAUGAUGAUGAAGAGGAUGCUGAAGAUGAGGAAGAGAAAAAUGAGGAGAAGACUGCACCAACUGUGGUGAAGAAGAAAGAGGAGGAGGAGGCCAUCAUUAAACCGUCAGACCAAUCUGCGCCUCCUCCGCCGGUGAAGAGGCAGAAGGUGGAGGUGGAGGAGGUGGUGAAGAAGAGGAAAGGAGCAGGGAAGGAGGAGGUGAUUGCGGAGAUGCCAGUCUUUGCCGACAGCGAGGAUGAGCUCGAGAAGAGUGAAGGAGAGGAGGAGGAGGAGGAGGAAGAGAUGGCAGACGAGGAGCAGGGGGAAAGGCCAGUGAAGGGAAAGGCACCAGCUGAUUCAGGACACUGUUCUGAAGAAGAAGGUGAUGAUGAUGAUGAUGAUGAUGAAGACGACGAUGAGGAGGAUGACGAAGAGGACAGUGAGGAUGAGGAGGAGGGAGUAGAAGACGAAGAAGAGGAGGAAGACGACGACGAUGAUGAUGAUGAUGACGAUGAUGAUUCUGAAAUGGAGGAAGGAGCUGAAAAGAAGGCCAAGGGAUCGAAGGUCACGGUGCAGAAGCAGGAAGAGGAGGAGCCAAUGGAGGACGUGGAGAUGAGCUUCGACACUGAAGGAGCGCUGCGCUGGAAACAGGACCUGGCCCAGAAAGCUGCCGAGGCGUUUGUUCGAAGACAGCAGGCUGCCCCUAACCUGCGCAAGCUGGUGUAUGGCACAGUGGCUGAAGAGGAAGAGGAUGAUGGCGAAGAGGAAGAGGAGGUGGGCGGCCUCUUCAAGGUCAACCGGCCUCAGAAGGGCAAGAAGCUGCGGGCCGAUGCCAUGGACUGCUCUCGCUUCGAGCCGGACGCCGGCCACGACUGGGACGAGGAGGAGAUGUUGGCCUCCAUAAAGGACUGCUUUGUGACUGGCAAAUGGGAGGAGGACAAAGAUGCAGCCACCCGUCUGAAGGAAGAUGAUGAACUUUACGGGGACUUUGAGGACCUGGAGACGGGGGAGGUUCACAGGGGCCGAGACCAGGCUGAGGGUGGCAGCGAUGGAGACGGUGGUGAAGACGACGAAGACGAGGAAGAGGAGGAGAAGCCUCUGGUGAGGAUGGACGAUGACGAGGCGGCCAAGAACAAGCGCCUGGAGAAGAAGAGGAGGCUGAAGGAGCGCUUCGACUCCAUGUACGACGACGGGGGUGACGCCACCUACUUUGAUGACGUCAAGGAGGAGAUGAAGAAACAGGCCGAGCUGAACAAGGCGGAGUUUGAGAGCAUGGAGGACGAGGCGCGUGUGCAGUACGAGGGCUUCCGGCCCGGCAUGUACGUGAGGCUGGAGAUCCCCUCGCUGCCCUGCGAGUUCGUCACUAACUUUGAUGCCCGCUAUCCCAUCAUCCUCGGCGGCCUGGGGGCCAGCGAGGGCAACGUGGGCUAUGUACAAAUGCGUCUGAAGAAGCACCGGUGGCACAGUAGGAUCCUGAAGACGCGUGACCCGCUGAUCCUGUCCCUGGGCUGGCGCCGCUUCCAGACCAUCCCCCUCUACUACAUCGAGGACCACAACGGACGCCAGCGCCUGCUCAAGUACACGCCAGAGCACAUGCACUGCGGCGCCACCAUCUGGGGGCCCAUCACCCCCCAGGGCACCGGCUUUCUGGCAGUACAGUCAGUCACCGGCUCAAAGGCAGGCUUUCGCAUUGCCGCCACAGGAGUGGUCCUGGACCUGGACAAGUCUGUGACCAUCGUGAAAAAGCUGAAGCUGAUUGGCUACCCUUACAAGAUCUUCAAGAACACGUCCUUCAUUCAGGGCAUGUUCACCACGGUGCUGGAGGUGGCCAAGUUCGAGGGGGCGUCCAUCCGCACAGUCAGCGGCAUCAAGGGCCAGAUCAAGAAGGCGCUGCGCACGCCCGCCGGAGCCUUCCGAGCCACCUUUGAAGACCGCCUCCUCAUGAGUGACAUUGUCUUCCUGCGCUCCUGGUACCCGGUGUCUGUGCCGCAGCUGUAUAACCCGGUGACGUCGCUGCUGCUGCCCGCGGGCCAGAAGGACAGCUGGAGCGGCAUGAGGACGCUGGGCCAGCUCAAGCACGACAGGGGCAUACGCAACAAGCCCAACAAGGACUCAUUAUACAAGCCCGUGGAGAGGCAGCCGCGCCAGUUCAACCGUCUCCAGAUCCCCAGGGAGCUGCAGAAGUCUCUGCCCUUCAAGAGCAAGCUGAAGCAGCAGCAGGCCAAGGGCAAGACUCCCCGCGACCUGCUCCGGCCGGUCGUCAUCCGGGAGCCCCACGAGCAGCAGGUGGCACAGCUGCUCCACGCGCUCAACACCGUCUACCACCACAAGCAGAAGGCCAACCGCACGGAGCAGCGCGCCAAGCACAAGGACUUCCUCAAGCAGAAGGAGACGCAGGAGCAGGAGAAGCAGAAGAGGCUGAAGGAGGUGCGGAAGAACCUCUACCGCACCAUCGGCCAGAAGGAGAAGAAGAAGCUCAAAUCCAGCCUCAAGGGCGCCGCCAAGGACGACUGAGGGAUUAGCGUUAGCACGCUAACUGGCUAUCUGAGGGGAGGACUGGACUCUGAGACGGACUCUGGACUUCUUUUUUACAGACUAGCGUGCUAACUGCCAGGCCUGGACUUGUAAUCUGGCCUGAAGGGCAUUUUCCAGUGGGCUGACAGUCCUUAGAGUCUGAUACUGUUUUUGUGUGUUUUCUUAGAGACUGGCCCACAAUUUAGAGGAGACUACACAAACAUGCCCAGCUUUUAUUUUUGCUCCAGUCCAGCCGUGUUAACUGGUCCUGCUCAUGUAGGAGGACUGGAGACUGACUUUGGGCUUUUUACAGACUUAAAAGGAGAAUUACAUCCAAUUUCAACAUUCAGUUGUCUUACUCACCCUUGACUUGUCACUACCUGGACACAUCUUUCUUUUUUUUUUGUUAAGCUCUAUCCGAGAUCCUGGCGUACAUAUUUACAUAUUUUUGAACAUAACAUACUGACAGGUCAAGGGCAGAGCGAAGCAAUACAACUACAUGUUGAAAUUGGACAAAAUUCCUCCUCAAAGUGCUUUAGCCCUUCACAAAAAAAGACUUUUCAGUCAUUUUUUUGUAGUCUUUUUUGUGUGCCAAAUACUAUUGACUGUAUUUUUUUGUAUAAUUAAAAGUACUGUUAGUGAUGAGAGUGAUGUGAAUGUCUGUCUGAACCCCCCUCAUUCCUGACAGGGCAAUGUUUAUUAGCAGGACACAGAGGGUACAGCCAGUGGUCACCAUUCCGAUUGACCUCUGCUUUUAUGAACUGAGGCGAUGCAGUUAAAGGUUACAGGCUCUCUUCUUCAGCAAUUUGCAGUUAAAAGUCCAAACUACUUCAAUGGGCGUUUAAAGCUGUAAUAUAUUGAUAUGAUCGUAUAUGAUGCGAUGUACGAUGUGUUUGUAUACGUUUGUAUAUAUGUGACAGGGGGAUUUAGCGAGCAGCCCAGGCUAUGUACACUUCAAUUAUUGAUGUCCACACCAUUACUAACAGAUAACCAUUCAUUUGUAUGAUCUUUUUUAAAGACAGGUAAACAGUGGUCUUCCGACUAUACAUGUUUUUGUUGCCCCGUUUUGAUGCUAGAGGCUCCAUUGCCACAGAACGCUUUUUACUACCAUCUGCUUUUGUUUUUUUUAAUAAAUAAAUGAAUAUCAGACACCAAUAUGCUGAAAAAUGA